UGCGGGCUCUGCGACUGGAGCCGGGUCUGUCUGCGCUCUGGGGAGCGCGCUCGGGGCGGCGUUUACUGUUUCUGCCCUGCGCGGCUGCAGCUCCAGCCUUCGGUUUGAGCCAGCCCCACCAUGGCUUCUGCUUUGGAAGAGCUACAGAAAGAUCUGGAAGAGGUAAAGGUGUUGUUGGAAAAAGCUACUAGAAAAAGAGUACGUGAUGCCCUUACUGCUGAAAAAUCCAAGAUUGAGACAGAAAUCAAGAACAAGAUGCAGCAGAAAUCACAGGGGAAAGCAGACCCUCUUGACAAUGAAAAGCCAGCGGCUGUCGUUGCUCCCAUUUCAGUGGGAUAUACAGUGAAAAUCAGUAAUUACGGAUGGGAUCAGUCAGAUAAGUUUGUGAAAAUCUACAUUACCUUAGCUGGAGUUCAUCAAGUCCCCACUGAGAAUGUACAGGUGCAUUUCACAGAGAGGUCAUUUGAUCUUUUGGUAAAGAAUCUAAAUGGAAAGAGUUACUCUAUGGUUGUGAACAACCUCUUGAAACCCAUCUCGGUGGAAGGCAGUUCAAAAAAAGUCAAGACUGAUACAGUUCUUAUCUUGUGUAGAAAGAAAGCUGAAAACAUACGGUGGGACUAUCUGACUCAGGUUGAAAAAGAAUGCAAAGAGAAAGAAAAGCCUUCCUAUGACACUGAAACAGAUCCUAGUGAGGGACUGAUGAAUGUUCUAAAGAAAAUUUAUGAAGAUGGAGAUGAUGAUAUGAAGCGAACGAUUAAUAAAGCCUGGGUAGAAUCAAGAGAGAAGCAAGCCAAAGGAGAUACAGAAUUUUGAGACUUUUUAAGGCCCUUUUGGGAACUGAUGUGGAAGUACUGAGGUUUUCAAUAAGGGGAAUGUUGGUGAGCUGCACAGAUAAAAUUUGACAUAUCUUUUUUUUUUUUUUUUACAAAGCCUUCUUCCAAGUAAAGGCAGUGAAUUCUCCGUUUCCUACUGGAGGAUUUAUUUAAAUAAAAUAUGUUUAUUAAACACUUCCUCCAAAGAUGAUUAACGUUAGUACCCUGGUCAUUUUGUUCAAGAAUGGGUUAUAUAGCAUUUUUGCUUGAAAUUUUUUUUAAAAAGCCUUGCCUGCUAAAAAUGUGCCACAUUGUGUGUUUUUCUUCAGCUAAGAAGUAGAAACAAAGGUAUUUAAUUGCCUUUAAGUUACUGACAUCAGCUCCCACCAGUGUAAGAAUAAGAGUUGUUGUGUAUAGUCAAGUCAAUUCCAAUUCAUAGCAACCAUUGAUGACAGAGUAGAGCUGUUCCAUAGGGUUUCCUAGGCUGUAAUGUUUAUGGGACCAGAUGGUCCAGUCUUUUCUCCCACGGAGUGGCUGGUGGGUUUGAACUGCCAGUCUUUCAGUUAGCAGCCAAACACUUAACCAUUGUACCACCAGGGCUCCUUGCAUAAAAAGCACAUUUUCACCUGUGCUUUAAAGGUUGCAGUAGAAAGGUUAACCCUUUUCUAUUAGCAACUUAAGUAAUGCUUUAAAAAAGAAAAAUUGCUAUUGUUUCUGACUCAUGGUGAUCCCAUGUGUUGCAGAGUACAUCUGUGCCCCCAUAAAGUUUUCAAGGCUUGACCUUUUGGAAGCAGGUCUUCAGGUCUUUCUUCCAAGGUGCGUCUGGGUAUGUUCAAACUGCUAAGUUUUUUGGUUAGUCGUCGAGCACUUAAUAUAUCAUGCACUAAUAAUGCAACCACAAGUGUUUCUCUACAUUGAAACAUAUUUCACAGAUACAGACUUGAAACUAAGUCUUGACAAGAAUAUACAAGCAUGUUUGUAUAAUACCAGUCACCUCUACUUCUCACCAACACGGUUAGGUUCCAGAGGCCAGGUCAUUAUAUGAAAGUCAUCAUUAUGUAAAAAUGGAGGAUGACCACAUCAGAGGACAAAAUGGAGGAUGACUGUCAUUACAUAACUACAAAAUUACAUAAUUAUAAAAACAGCCCAUUGCGUGCAGUCAAUUCAGACUUAGUGACCCUAUAGGACAGAGUAGAACUGCCCCUAUAGGGUUUUCAAGGAGUGACUGGUAGCUUCAAACUGCUGACCUUUUGGUUAGCAGCCAAGUUCUUAACUAACCACUGCACCAUGAGGGCUCCUAUGUCAUUAUAUAACUGCCAGAUUACAUCAUAACUGCCAAACCACUAAGAAUCAUGGCCCAGCCAAGUUGACAUAUAACCUUAAACAUCAUAGCCAAUAUUACUCUCGUCUCACACCUUGGUGUUCAUAACUACCAGAUGUACGUUAUUAAUGUGCAAAGUAGUUGGAUAGUAGAUUUUUUAACUAUUGUUGUAAACGCAAAACAUCAGACAAUGAGAUAGUCAAUAAGUGAGGAAUAAGUGUAGUAAGUUUUCCCAUGGAUUGAAAGGCUUACAAAAGCAAUGACCAUAAAGCAAAAACAAUUUGAAAAAUCCAUCUAUUCCUGUGUUCAAUAAAGUUAGAUUUUUAUGCAGUGGAAUAGUUUUACUGUUUGUCCAAGAGUGUGUCAAAAAAGUCAGGCUAAGAAUAAACAGUUGUCAUUAAGAUCAGGAGCAAGGGCAAGAUGCAUACAGUUUUUAUUACUACAUUGUAGUGGAGGUAUUAGCCAAUGCAGUUAGAUGAGAAAGCAAUUAGAAGCUAUAAAGGAAAAAUCCAAGACGACCAGCCAAAACUACUACAAAAAGUAGUAGAAUUUGGUGAAAGCAAUGAGGUUUAAUAUACAGAAAGCCUUAUAUAUAGGAUAGCUGUUAAGAGAUACUGAAACACAUUAUAAAAUCUUUAAUUAAACCUGUGGUGUUGAAUAAACAGUGGAACAGAAUAGAAAAAGCCCAAGUGCACGUGGAAGUUUUAGAAUACAGUAAAGGGGUCAUCUUAAAACAGUGGCUGGAAAUGGGUCUUUAAUGAUACUGGAGAAACUAAAAAAUAGCCACAUGAAUUGAAAUUAAAAAUGAAACCAUACAAGUAUUAGAAGACAUGAAUGGAAGUCCAUUAUAACCUAUAAGUGGAAGAAAACUAUACUGUGGGACUUAAAAUCUAGAAAGAAUAAAACUAAGAAUUGAUCAUUUUAACUACAUUAAAAAAAAAUGUUUAACAUGGAAGAAAAAAAAAAUGUAACCAAAGAUUGAGCAGAUUCCAACAAUCUGAUAGAAAAAUCAUCACAAACUAUGAACAAAGUUUAUAGAGGAAAAAAAUGUAAAUGGCCUUUAACACAUGAAAAGAUGCUCAUCUUGGUCAUAGAGAAAUAGUAAAACUAUGCUGUUUCUCAACUUUCAUUGGGAAAAAAGACUAGAAGUUUAGCAUACUGUGUUGUCUAUAGGGAAAUAGGCACACCUGUACACAGGAAUGUAAUGAAAAGUUGAAACUGCUUCCGGAGAGUAUUUGGAGAUAUCUAGCAGAACUACAUAUGCAUUUAUCCUCUGAUUCAUAAUUCUAGUACUCAUUCCCAAAGGUACACUGGUAAAAAAUUUGUAAUGAUAUAUGCAAAGAUUGGAACACUUAAUGUUAUUAAUGGCUGAAUGACCUGAUAACCCCGCACAUGGGUGUACUUAGAGCCACAAAAAGAAGGUGAUCUCUGUAUACUGAUAAGGAAUGAUCAGGAUACAGUAAGCAAAAACACAAAGUGUAGAAUAUUGUUUAUGGCAUACUUACUACUAUUUGUGGAAGACAAGGUGAGAAAUGUGAAUGUACAUGUAUUUGCUUGUAUUUCAAAAAGAAACAACCCAAAACUCAUAAAAAUGGUUACCAAUAGGGGAAAGGAGACUUCUGUGAAUGUACCGUUUUCUAUACUUUUUCUAUAGUCUUGACUUUAGAACCAUGUAAAAUUUUACGUAAAUAAAAAGUAACCCUAAAAUUGUAAAAAUAAACUGAAACAAUUGCCUGUCAGGCUGGUGCCAUUAUGUUACUUCAGGUGAUUUUAGAACACAUUGUUUUGCCUGUCCAUAGCUGGAUACUAAAGAUUAAAAAAAAAACAAAUUUUAGACAGCAA